CACUGGUGAAGCCGAAGCUUUCAAAGGACUGCACUACCGUAGAUUUGUCGUGCACCAAUUAUUUGAAAUAAUACGAGUGCCAACCAUCAUCCAGUGGCUUGGAAGUUGUAUGGAUAAUAUUGCUAUUCAGUUCACUGUAGUGUAGACCACUAUAAUUGGUCACUCUGUGUGUUGUAAUUGCAAACUCGUCCUGGAUUUCGAAUGUCGUAGAAUUAGUUUCUUAGUCACUGUCAUUGAUGAAGAGAAUUGUAGUUUAUUGUUGUAUUGUGGCACGCUAUUGGGAAACGCACAGCUGAGCCAAAGGGAAAGGGAAGAUGGCAUAUGCUCUAUUUUCUCCGUCGCGGCGUUGUCUAGCAUCUCUUCCGUCCUGCUGGCGGCUAUGUGCUGCUGGCAGGCAGUUUGGCCAGGCAUCGAGCAUGGAGGACAUCCAAGAGGACUACAGUGCUUUGAAAAAACGUAUCGCUGUCAUGAGCUCCAGACAGAAGAUACCAGUGGAUGUGUUUGUCAACAAUGAGCUUAAUCUGUCUGAGAUCAAGGUUUAUGGCUUUGACUAUGACUUCACGUUGGCAAGGUACAAUAGAAAUGUCCAACAGGUCAUCUAUGAUGCAUGCAUUGACUACCUCGUCAAGGAAAAGAAGUACCCCGAGGAGAUACGAAAGCUGGAGGCUGACUGGGAUUUUGGCAUCCGUGGACUUCACUUAGACAUUACAAAUGGUCUGCUGCUGAAGAUCGACUGCUUCCGCUACAUCCAGGAAUCUGCAGUAUACAGAGGUCGUCAGCUACUUCCUGUGGAGAAGGUCAAGGAUAUCUAUGGUGGUUUCCAUGUUGCUGACAAGGACAUGAAUAACUUCUAUGGCAAUUCCAGGUCCGUCCGACCAAGAUUCCGCCACCUGAAUGACUUGUUCUCGCUGUCAGAAGUAGCCUUGAUUGUUAACGUAAUGGAGUACUUCAAGGAUCUCAAGUUCUGUGAUCCAUCAUGUAUCGUCGCUGAUAUCAACGAUGCAAUCAAACAAGCACACUCCCGUGGCGUGUUCCAUUCCCAAGUCAUGAAUGAUAUCGGCCGCUUCGUUGACCGAGAUGAUGGUGUGCGAAAGCUGCUCCAGCGACUGAGCAAUGCUGGAAAGGAGCUGGUGGUCAUCACCAACAGCAGCUUCAACUUCAUUAACGAAGGCAUGUCAUACUUUGUUGGUGAGGACUGGCGCAGCUUCUUCCGUGUGGUCAUUGUCGAUGCUCGCAAGCCGCAGUUUCACACUCAGGAAUGGAAACCAUUCAGAGCCUGGGAUGUGUCGGCUGGCUCUCCGUUAUGGAAGCGUGUUGAGUCGUUAGAACCCAACCAUGUCUACCAGGAGGGAAACAUGAAGGAGCUGCUGAAGAUGACUGGGUGGAAGGAGUCUGAGAUUCUGUACUUUGGUGAUGAUGUGUAUGGUGACCUGGCGGACCCGUCUCUUCAUGCCGGCAUUCGAACAGGCUGCAUUGUCCCUGAGCUUGAGCAUGAGGUGGAAGUGAGCAACUCUGAGGAGUUUGUGCGCACGGUGAAGUUCUUGAAUGGUCUCAACCAACUUUUGGAAAGAUUACAGAUGCAUCACAGCAAUGACGGAGCCGGACAGGCUCUCCUCAAGGAGUGGCUUCUUGAACGAGAUGAGAUAAGGGACAAGCUCAAGAGUUCGUUCAACCCUCGCUUUGGCUCAUUGUUCAGGACACACCAAAACCACUCCUACCUGUUCAACCGCCUGGCACGCUUCUCCGACCUGUACACAUCGGACCUUCGUAACCUCAUGCACUACACCACUGACCAUGUGUUCUACCCACGCCGUGCUGCUUUGCCACACGAGGCCCAGCAGCGCUUGCCCCUGCCGCCGUUCAUGGAGUAGACACACGCGUGCAGACCUGCCCGUGAUUCUGCUGGGCAGCGCAUCCAUUUUACGCCACACAUGCGGGGUGUGCCCGUGCCGUGGCAAGCUGCCCCCGCAACCGGCGGACACACUCACACGCUAAGUGCAGCGGCGGUGGUGACGAUGCACAGACACUGCUGGGUUGACAAUCACCCGCCUGCAAGCAUUGCUCCGCUGGCCAAGUGCAAUACACUGACGACUGGUUGACAGCGUCUGCGCAUGCACCGGCACCACCAACACCCGCAGACAGUGCUAGUUGCUGUGCACAUUGACCUCUCUGAAGCAGUGUACUGAACAGCUCUGCUGACUUGCACGUGACAAGUGCAGCACACCACACAGAUACAGCACGUGUAUCAUUUUCUGCAUGGUUACAAGUACUUCAUGCACCCUGAGGGUUUCUUGCCGAAUGAAGAUGCGCCUGGACGGCUGCUUCACACAGGUGCUGUGCUCUUGUUGGCCAUGAGCUAACAUGGUGCGCGUUUGGCAUGCAGCUGCUUAUACAUUCCCAGUCUGUGCAUCCAGGAAACAGCUGCCAGUAUUCCCUGCCAAUCCUGUGCAUCUACUUCGAAGUACAAGCUUCACAGGUCAUGGCAGGUUGUCCGAAUUUAGCGGCGAAUUAUCAUCACUUGUAGCAGAACAGCUCUACCGUUUCAAGGGUACUGUUGGCAGUAUAUUUUUCUGCUUUUGCAGCUCUGACUAGUUUCCAAUAGGGCUUGCUGGUUUCUUGCUCCUUUUCUCCAUAGAUUUUCCUAGCCAGUCUGAUGUUGCAUUUAGUUGUGGCUUGUUUUGUGCCUUUGAUCCUAGAGGGUGGUGGCGUUCCCACGGCGGAUGCGGAAAACUCGGCUUCCAGCCGAGUCUCACGCGAACCGUGAAAUUUUUUAUUUUGUUUAUUUUGUACACAUUACUUUUUUUAAAUUGCUGCCUUAGUCGUUUCGUCCUAUUCCCUGUCCGAGCCCGAGUCCAUGAUGGGAAUAGAAGGGAACGAAAACGUUUAGUUCUGACACUUUCGUCACCGUCUUACAGACUGAUUUGACCCGAGCUGAUGCAUUCAAAAAGUGGCGACGCUUCCAACUAUGCUUUCAGCACAGUUUUCUGAAUGCUAUAGUGUGCCUACUUGUGCACUAGCAGCGGUGCGCCAAUAUUAUUGACGCAUUUAUUCUACAAGUAAAAUGCAGCUUUCUGCCAUGCACCUCUACUAUAAAUUUUGUCAUAGUUCAGUGUUUCAGUAUUUUUUUAUCCUGGAUUUCUAUUCCUCUUACAAAUUACUACUCUAGUUUGUUAUGAAUCCAAUAGUUAUGUUUCAAGCACUUUGAGUACAUGUAUGCAUGUAAAACUCGUAACCCUGAGUGGUCGUAGCGGCGUCAAUCAAGAGAAAACAAAUUUAACAAAAUCAUGAACGAAA